CGACGCCUGCGCCCGCCGCCGAGCUCGUGCAGACGCCUGAGGCGACCGAGGCCUGCGGACGCUCGCCGUCGGCUUGCCCGGUGAAGACCAGAGGCGAGAGUCGGGGAGACCGAGGAGAACCUGGCUGUCUCUGUGGCUCCACGUUUCCCUAUGGAGGAUGGCGGGCAGAGUGAAGUGGGUCACUGACAUCGAGAAGUCCGUGCUCAUCAAUAACUUCGAGAAGAGAGGAUGGGUCCAGGUGUCGGAGAACGAGGACUGGAACUUCUACUGGAUGAGUGUGCAGACCAUCCGGAACGUGUUCAGCGUGGAGACCGGAUACCGGCUCGCGGACGAUCAGAUCGUCAACCACUUCCCAAACCACUACGAGCUGACCCGGAAGGACUUGAUGGUGAAGAACAUCAAGAGAUACAGGAAGGAACUGGAGAAAGAAGGGAGUCCCCUGGCCGAGAAAGAUGACAACGGGAAAUACCUCUACCUGGACUUCGUGCCGGUCACCUACAUGCUGCCCGCAGACUACAGCCUGUUCGUGGAGGAGUUCCGGAAGAGCCCGUCCAGCACGUGGAUCAUGAAGCCAUGCGGGAAGGCGCAGGGCAAGGGCAUCUUCCUCAUCAACAAGCUCUCGCAGAUCAAGAAGUGGUCCCGGGACAGCAAGACGUCCUCGUUUGUGUCGCAGUCUACCAAGGAGGCCUACGUGAUCUCCCUGUACAUUAACAACCCGUUGCUGAUUGGCGGGAGGAAGUUCGACCUGCGCUUGUACGUUCUGGUGUCCACGUACCGCCCGCUGCGCUGUUACAUGUACAAGCUGGGCUUCUGCCGGUUCUGCACGGUCAGGUACACCCCGAGCACCAGCGAGCUGGACAACAUGUUCGUGCACCUCACCAACGUGGCCAUUCAGAAACACGGGGAGGACUACAACCACAUCCACGGGGGCAAGUGGACGGUGAGCAACCUGCGGCUGUACCUGGAGAGCACCCGCGGCAGGGAGGUGACCAACAAGCUGUUUGACGAGAUCCACUGGAUCAUCGUGCAGUCCCUGAAGGCCGUGGCGCCGGUGAUGAACAAUGACAAGCACUGCUUCGAGUGCUACGGCUACGACAUCAUCAUUGACGACAAGCUGAAGCCCUGGCUCAUCGAGGUGAACGCGUCGCCGUCUCUCACCUCCAGCACCGCCAACGACCGUAUCCUCAAGUACAACCUCAUCAACGAUACCCUCAACAUCGCUGUCCCCAAUGGCGAGGUCCCAGACUGCAAGUGGAACAAGUCCCCCCCGAGAGAGGUGCUGGGCAACUAUGAGAUCCUGUACGACGAGGAGCUGGCCCAGGGCGAUGGGGCUGAGCGCGAGCCGCGAAGUCGCCCGGGCCAGCCGGUGGGGCCCAAGGGGAGCCGGUCGCGAGAGUCGGGGAGAGCCGUCCUCACCACCUGGAAGUGACCGUGGAGAACCAGCCCCCACCCCCGCCUGCCCGAGCCCGCCCAGGCCCUGGCUGCAGGCCCCUCUCCUCGAGCCCGCCUCCCUGUGCACGCCCUGCGGGGAACAAAGGCGCUGCCGCGAGGGUGAGGCGUCGGUCGCUGGAGCCCACAGACUGCUCCCCUGACGGAAGCCACAGCUCCCGCAGGCGAGUGAGCUUAUCACAAAGUAUUCACGUCUCAGACUCUACGACUGCGCAGGAACACAGCCCAGGGUGGGCACCGAGCCGCGGCGUCCCAGCAGAGCGCCCGUGCGUGCCGCAGACCCGCUCCCUGCUCCCCUGCCUGGCCGACAGCGGAUGGCAGCCAAGUUCUCGGGUCCCUGCCGCCCACGAGGGAGACCUGGAUGGAGCUCCUGGCUCCUGGCUCUGAGCUGUUCCAGCCCCGGCAGUUGUGGGCACUCGGGGAGGAACCAGCAGAUGGAAGGUCUCUCUCUGUCACUCCACCUUUCAAACACAUCUUAAGGAAGAAGUAAACAGGUUCUGACAGAAUGCU